GACUCUAGACAAAGACUAAGAGGGGACUCUGGGCGAAGACUAAGAGGGGACUCUGGAGACUGAGGGGACAGAGGGGACUCUGGAGAUGGGGACUCUGGACACUCUGGAGACGGGGACUCUGGACACUCUGGAGACGGGGACUCUGGACACUCUGGAGACGGGGACUCUGGACACUCUGGAGAUGGGGACUCUGGACACUCUGGAGAUGGGGACUCUGGAAGGGACGAAGACUCUUGAGGGGAUGAAGACUCUUGAGGGGACGAAGACUCUUGAAAAGGCUGGACCGGGAAAGAAGCCUCUUGGACGCGCUGGACCGGAGACGAAGCCUCGUGGACGGGCUGGACCGGAGACCAAACCUCGUGGACAGGCUGGACUGGAACCUCAUGGACGGGCUGGACCGGGACCUCAUGAACGGGCUGGACCGGGAACCUCUUGGACAGGCUGGACAGGAUGCGGUGCGACCUCCGGGACCACCGCUGGAGCAGGAUGCAAUGCGACCUCCGGGACCACUGCUGGAGCAGGAUGCGGCGUGACCUCCAGGACCACCACGGAAGCAGGACGCGGCGUGACCUCCAGGACCACCGCGGGAGCAGGACGCGGCGCGACCUCCGGGUCCACCGCUGGAGCAGGAUGCAGCACGUCCUCCGGCACCACCGCUGGAGCAGGAUGCAGCACGUCCUCCGGGACCACCGCUGGAGCAGGAUGCGGCACGUCCUCCGGGACCACCGCUGGAGCAGGAUGCCGGGCGACCUCCUGGACCACCGCUGGAGCAGGACGUGGCGCGACUUCCGGGAUCACUGCUGGAGCAGGAAGCGGUGCAACCUCCAGGACCACUGCUGGAGCAGGAUGCGAUGCGACCUCCGGGACCACCGCUGGAAUAGGAUGCGAUGUGACCUCCGGGACCAUUGCUGGGACAGGAUGCGGUGCGACCUCCGGGACCACCGCUGGGACAGGAUGUGAUGCGAACUUCGGGACCACCGCUGGGACAGUAUGCAAUGCGACCCUCUGGACCACCGCUGGAGCAGGACAGACGGAGCCUCUCGUACAAACGGAGGUGGGACCCCCGCUGGACAUGUAUGUAUUGCAGACCCUGGGACCACCGCUGGACAUGGAUGCGAUGUGACCCCGGGAACUACCGCUGGACCUGGGCAGGCGGAGUCUCUUGGAAAGACGAAGGUGGAAUCUCUGCUGGACGAGGAUGUGGUGCGGCCUCUGGGACCACAGCUGGACGUGGAUGCGGUGCAACCCCUGGAACCACCGCUGGACCGGGACAGGCGGAGCCUCUUCAAAAGGCAGAAGUAGGAACCCCACUGAGCGUGGGUGCAGUGAGACUCCUGGGACCACCGUUGGACGUGGACACUGUACAUCUCCUGGGACCACCGCUGGACGUGGACAGAACGGAGGGAUUUGAGGCUUGAGCGGCGUGACUGCUAAACCUUGGAUCUGGGCGCCGGUCACCUGACGAGCCUGUUUGCUGGUUUGGAGUAGAUCCAUGAGUACGGCCAUCCUGGUCUCCAAAACCAAGAUGCUGCGUUCUACUCUGAGUCGCUGCUCCUGUGUUGGCGUCGAGUCUAUGUUGUGGCCAGAUUAUUCUGUCAUGAACUGAACUAGAAGGACCCAUAAGGACACCAAACACUGAAAAGCACCUUUAAAAGUCGUUAUUUGAUGCAGAGUUACCAGAGGUGGGCGAGGCUGGAGACAGAGUCGAAGAGGAGGCGAGGGCCAAAACUAGAUCGGACAUGCAGAAACGGAACAGGCAGGAGACGAGGUAGAGAACAGGCGAAGGUCGUGGUGGCAGGCAGAGUACAAGGCAGGGGUCAGGGGCGAAAGCGAGGUCUGGAGGCUGAGAUCAGGCAGGGUGAAUGGCUGGAAGAUUUACUUGCAGUAGCUUUCAAUAAUCUGGUAGUGAACUGGUGGCUGGCUGGUGAAUAUAAAGCAGGAGGAACAGAUGUGGUGAAUGAGGCUGAUGAGAGGAACAGGUGAAGUGGAUGAAGCUGAUUGCGGUUGGCAGGGAAACAGGGCUUGUCAGGAGCUAGAUGAGGAGGCAGAGGAGGGUGAAGGAUUGGGAGUCAUGACAGAGACACAAGAUUGGGGUGGUGAUGCCACUCCAAGUGAUGUGGGCCACAUCUGGACAUGAUGUCUGCUUCAACAUUCAAAAUGCCCAGGCUGCAAACUGCUUUUAAAGACAGAAGGUGUCUGAUCCCAGCACAGAAGCAUUCUGGCUACCCACAGAAGUACGGCAGAGUGAACCCCGCCUUGGCGGUUCACAUAUGCGACUUGGUUGUCCGAGUGAACAACAACAUUGUGGAUUGGAACAGAGGUGCAAUGUGGAGAAUCGCUUUGUGGAUCUCAGGACAUCUAACACAUUUAGGCACGCAUGAAUUCAUGGACGCCAACUGCCGCCAACUGAAUGGGACAAACGUGUAGAGCCCACCCAUCCUGACAGAAAUGAGUCUGUAAAUAUUGAAACAUGGGAGGCCACGCAGCCAAGCGGGACUCCUCUUCUCAUGGUCUGGGGACUACCUGAUGUUGCAGAUCCCUCCACUGAGGGAGGAACGGGCAAGAUGUAAAGCUUGUGGUGGAUCAGGCGAACCUUGAGAUGUCUGAGCCAAUGUUGAAUGUAUCUCAUCAUGCUCAUCAGUUUAAUGACUGUCAGUGCCGUCACAGAGUGACGUGUGCACAUGUGCCUGAGCAUCGCAGUUAAGUCCAUAAUUCCAGACUGUGACAAGUGCUCUUUCAUGAUCCCGGAGUUCAUUUCCACUCCCAAAAAUCACCUGAGAAGGAGUCACCAAACUUUCCUCCUCGUUUAUGGAAAACCCGAACCUGACGUUCUGCCAGCGUCCGCAAGUCUGCAUCGGACUUGGAGCAGGUCAAAAGCAGGAGAUCAUGUGGAAAGAGGAUUUUCAUGCCUUUGGUGCAUAUUGGUUGGAGCGCCACCUUGAGGCACAUGGUGCAAGGGGGUACCUGAAAGGAGGAUGUUGCACUGGAACUGAGCUCCGAUGAAGGAGAAACGCAGGAAUCUCCUGUGUUUUGGGAUCACCAGAAUGUGAAAAUAGGCAUCUCUCAGGUUGAUGCAGGUGAACUGAUCGCCUGGAUGCACAUAACUCAGAACCUGUCAGAUGGUCAGCAGGCAGAAGUAUCUUACUGCCUCGAAGCGGAAAGAUUGAGAAUAGGCUUGAUUCCUCCCGACUUUUCCAGAACCAGGAAGAAGCAAGUGUAGAACCUUGAGCCUCCUUCGCCCUUUGGAACCCUGAAAGUAGCUUCCUUUCCAGUAGUUCCAGCAGUUCUGAUCUGAGCACGAGAUUGAUCUGAUGUCAAUUUGGUCUCCACAGUCCCUGCAAAUGGGGAAGGGCAAGACUGAAACUGAAGUCUGUGACCAUGUAGAUGUUGUGUAUCCAUGCCCCCAUGUGAUAAGCACAUGUCCAUGCCUGCAUGACUGUGCAGAGACUGGGUUACAGCACCUGGUAUUCCUAAGCGGUCUCCCAUCCAGGUACUGAUCAAGCCCUACCCUGGAUUGCUUCCAAGAUCAGAUGAGAUCUGGCUUUUUCAGGGUGGUAAAGCCUUAAAUUCUGACUAAGCACGCAAGCCAUCCUCGAGCCCUUACUGUUGUCUGCCACCUCCACAGAAGGGAGGGGCGACCCAAGGGGUUGUCCGUGGAGGGCGGGAGGCCCAUGUCAUCCACAGAUGAUGGAUGGGCCAUAAGCACGGGUGGCUGAACAAAGAUUGGCGCGCUCAGCUGUAGCGUGCGAGCGCAAGAACCGGCGAUGCAGGCAGCCCUCUUAGUCAGUGUGGGAGCAUGAGAGGUUGCCUCUCUGGCGAAUGGUCGCUGCCUCAUCAGCAGACCGCAUUGCUCGCCACGGAGCCCUUGUUUAAUGUCACGUUCACACACAAGAUUUGUGUGUGGGGGGUUUGACAGCUAAGUGAAGGAAGUGUGUUCCUUGUUAGCGUGUCGUCCCUUAGCCUUAAAGCAGUUAGCAGCUGUAGCUAACCCAUUGUGAACCUCAGCUGAGUGGUCUCCAGAAAUGGGUGCUUUAGGUGUGGGACACCCCGACAGAGUGCUCAACAGAACCUUCUGAUGAAAACACUGUUUCAAAAUCCUGCACUUAUGAUUUGAACAUGAAGAUGACCACACAUACGUCCCCCAAAGAGUCAUUUUGGCGGGCAGGGAGUGUGAGACAGCACAACCAUGCAGGCUGCAGCACAUCCCGCGGAGAUGAAACUCAGCUCAAACCAUGGUGUGGGAGCGAGGUAGGCGGAGCCGCAGCCGGCGGGUAACUGGGUUGUGACAGGCAGAGAUCCAAGCAAACCCAUAAUCAUGCAGACUCACACCACAUCCCAUCAGGAAAAAACUCCGCCGGGAGCAGAGCACGCGCGUGUGUGACGAGGUACGCAUCCGCGACCCGAAAGCCCAAAACUGUGGCACGGUGAGAUGUGCAUUCCGGCUGUGCAGGAGGGAUGGUUGUGCUUGGCGAGGGAAAACUUGUGUGAGAGGACAGCAGAAGGAUCGUACGAACCAUCUGUAGCUGUGGAUCGUAACAGUAAUUUGUUCUCAGGGAAUGUUUAUUUUAAAUAACAUUCCUAAGCAGUCGUAAUCACACACAUUUUCCUGCAUCGAGUCACCAAGCUUGAGCUGGAAGAAUGGAGACAGCGGCCGAGUGUUGGUUCUGAGCAGAACUCGGGCCAGCUAGAUAGCUAUAAGCCGUCCGACUUAUGCAGCACGGGCGCGGGAACAGAAAGGCUUAGCAACUAGCUAACGAAGUAGCACUCUCAUGACCCGCAUAGGAAGCAGGUGUACUUAAAAGCUCUUCAAUGAUUGAUUAAGGCGAUGGCUUAAAGGGCUAGGCUAUACGAAAUAGAACAAAAUACGCUUGGACAAAGAGGGCACAGGACAGACAAUAGAGGACAAACCACGGUGAACAUUGGCAUCACGUUUCAACGAUGGAGGCAGUCACACGGCUUGAAAACUGAUGCUAUGGUUUGUAUUUUUCUUUUGGACAGAUUAUUCUUGCUUCAUAUUAAAACAACUUGCUUUACUUAAAGCCAUUGUUUUAUUAAUUUUAUUUUAUUUAGAAUGAUUGAACUAGAUUGUUGCCUUGUUUUAUACCUGACUAUGUUAGCACCUUUCUUUGUUAGCACAACGUGCUGAUGCUACAUAAACCGUUAUGAACGUAAGGGCUUUUAUUUAUGAAAAAAAUAACUGGUGACAUACAGAUCAGGAUCAACUUAGUCAUUCGUGUAUUUUCCUCACUAAUAGCUUCACAUUUUUGUUGCUAGUUACAAAAUGCAGCAUCUUCAACUCCACUCCUUUAUGUCAUGAAUGAACCAACAGCGCAGCUGCUUCUGCGAUGCCUGAUCGGUAAGUGUAAAUGUACUUCUAACACACGCUUUGAGGAUUGCGUAUGCUUUUGUCCACAACAGUCCUUAUUUGUGUCAAGUUGCUGCAUAUGAGAACAAAUGUCUGCAGCUUUCUAAAAUUAUCCUUAUUAAAAUAUAUUUUAAGUCAAACAGUUUACAGAUCUCUGCUGUGCAGUUUAUAUAAUUCUUUUAUAAAUUCUUCAUCUUCUCCAGGUUAGGGACAAGGUCCUGCCUCAAGUGAAGGAGGUGAUUCACGUCCACAGCAUGGAGACGCUGGUCAGGAAUCCAACAAAAAUGGCUUCUCACUGCACACUAACCUGGCGUUUUAUUAGAAUGAUUUAGGUC